AUGGAGAGUCGCCGAACAGGAGCUACCCGCACCGAGACAAUCGAGCUCAUCCUUCGUCCUCGAACUCUCAGUGGGUUUAGCAUCGGUGCUUCAAUGCUACCAGGGACGGAGGAGAUGCUGGAAAGACGAAUUCUCGAAGACGUUGGGCGGUCUAUUGAGAAAAAUUGGUCUCUGUUAUACCUUGUAGAGAGGUCAAAGGUAAUGGCACCGAGCAAUCAAAAGAACAUUUUCGUUAAGAUAUGCUAG